AUGGCUGCUAGGACGCUCGACAUCCGUGAGGCCCAGGUGUUAGUGCACUGCCCCGACGAGGACCUGGAGUGGCACCACCGCGUGUUGCUGCAUCGGGUCGAGGGCGCCUUGUGGCUGGGCCUCGCGCCUGAUCACGAGAUUGUGAGGGUGGACCUCGGCACCUUGCGACAUCAUGUGCUGGAUCGGUCGUCGGCCUUCCCCGCCCAGUUCGCGCCGCUGGUGUACGCCUUCGACCCAGUCGACGGGCAGACGCUGCGAGACGCGAAGCGGCAGGCCCAGCGACGGGCUGCCCUCCUGGGCGGGGGGGAGGUCGAGGAUGCCGAGGAGUACGUGUGGUUGCUGGCGAGUGUCGCGGACGCUCGCUUUGGCGAAGCUGUGCCUGCCGACGUCAUCGAGGAUGGCGACAGGUGCGUCUCGCUCGGCGACCGUGGGGUGUGCAUGAUCGAUGGGGAGCCGCGCUUCGUGGAGCGGGCCCCUCGUGGAGAGCGAGACAGAUGGGUGCAGUCGUGCCGGGAGGACGUCGAGGAUAUCCGCGUGCUGGGGGACCACCGCUCGCGAGUGGGCCGUCGGGACCUGGACUUCAGGGACGCUGUCGAGUCCAUGAGAGAGGUGACCGUCGCAGACUGGCCUGAUCAAGGGCCGCGGGCGUGCCUCGAGUACCUCAAGAGCAUCGCGCUGGGGGCGGGCAACCUGCUCACCUACCAGGCUGAGUGGCAGCGGCUCAGUGGUGUGGCAGAGGGCGGUGCCCAGGGACAUGAGCAUCGCUGCCACCUCGAGACGCUGCGGAGGGCGAUCUGCCAUGACCAGCUGAAUGUGGUCAACCUGACGUGCUUCGAGCACGUCGUGCGGCGCGUCAUCCAGGUCGAAAUGGCUGUCGAGAAGAACCCGCGGCACCCUGACUUCAGCGGGCUGGAGGACAUGCUGGCUGGGCCGCGGUCGGUGAGCGGCUCAGCCCACGUGCCGCGGCACCUCGAGCAUGUCACCAACCGCCAGAAGGACCGCGCCCAGAUCCUCAAGCAGCAGGGGCUCUACCAGGAGGAGGCGUCGAAGCGGCGGAGCGUGAAGGGCGACGGCAAGGGCGAGACGGGCGGUGUCUGCGCAGUGGGCUUGGUCGAGCCUGCGUCUGGCAGGCACCGCCGUCCAGGAGUCAGCGAGCUGCCAAAGAAGUAUUGGUGGCCGGACGGCCACUGGCUCCACAAUGAUCCGUUCCCGCUCCCCGUACAGUACGAGGAGGAGCGGCCGACGGGGGCAGCCAGGAGUGCGCUGGCCCACGUGGUUGCGGGGGUCAGCGGCUAUGGCGAGCCUCCUCGUGAAGCGACGGAUGGUGAGUGGCCCUUCCGGGCGAUCUUCAAGUCCGCCGACCAGUAUGAGCUGGGGCCGCGGCACCUGGCGAGCUACGACCCCGACAAGCUGCACAUCGCGUCCGGCGCGCUGCGGCCUGUGCCUGUGUCGGCCUUGCUCCCAGAGGCUGCGGCCGGGUACUUGAGACACUUCGAGGGCCAGGUGGGGCUGACCGCUCCGGAGCUGGAGGCCCGGCUACAGACCGCGGGUGCAGUGGGAUUCCGCAGGGCGAUCAAGGGCCGCUGUGGAGCUUUUUUCGUGCACAAGAAAGAUGGUCGUAUUCGGUUUAUUUGUGAUGCUCGUCAGGCGAACCUUUGCCACCGACGGCCUCCGCGGACCGUGCUGGGCGGCCCCGCCUCCCUGAGCGAGCUGGACCUCAGCCCCCUCGCCGAGGCCCUCGGCGGCUACGGCGGGGCGCUGGGGCUGCCCCUCGACCUCCGCGCGUCGAGCGCGGAUGUGAAGGACUGCUUCUACCAGCUUGAGGCGGGGGGCAUCGCGAGCUGGUUCGGCUUUGACUGCCCGCUGACCGUGGAGGAGUGGGGCCUGGAGACCUCCCGCGUCUACGACGAUGACCUCGAGGGGCCCGCCCCGGUGCAGGCGGGCGAGUUGCUCUACCCUGUGAUGCGGGUGCUGCCCAUGGGGUGGUCGCGGGCCCUCCACUUUGCGCAGGAGGCCGUCGCCGCGCUGGCCGAGCGUGGAUGUCCAGGGGGCAGCGAGCAGCUGCUCCAGGACAAGCGUCCCGCUCCCCUCCUUCGGCCUGGGCGUCCAGUCAGUGCCGUGUACGUGUGCAACUUCGCGGGCCUGGGCGGCUGCCAGGAGGGCGCCGCCUUCGGGGUGAGGGGCUUCGAGAGGGCUGCCGCGGACGCGGGGCUGAAGCCUCGCGUGCCCGAGGUCUCGCUCGCCGAGCUCGAGUCGCUUGGGCUCGUGAUCCACGGGUCCGACAAGACGCUCAGGCACACGCCGCAUCGAGUGUGGCGGUUCCACUUCGGGACCAAGGAGCUCCUCCAGCGCGGGCACUGCGCGCCCGCCGAGCUGCGGGCUUGGGCGGGGCGCGCGGUCCACCUCUGCUCGCUGCGGCCGCUGCUGCUGUUGAUCUUGCAGGACAUGUGCACCUUCAUAGGGGGCGGGCUCGGUGCGCGGCGACCUCUGCCUCGCGGAGUUCGGCUCGAGCUGCGCCUGGCCGCCGCGCUGGUCUUCUUGGGGGGCGUCAACCUCGCGGCCCCCUACGGGGAUGAGGUGCGCGUCUCCGACUCGUCGACGGGCGGCUGCUGCCUGAUGUGCGGGCGGAAGCCGGCUCGGGCGGUCCGGGGCGCCUGGCGUUGGCGGGGGCGGUGGCGAUUCGUGGAGGUUGAGGCGGAGUGUGACGACGCCCGCUGCACCAGCGCCUACCUGGCGCAGCUACGGGGCCUCCCAGCAGACGACGAGCUGGAGAUCCCCAAGUUCGCUGACGUGCAGCUGCGUGCCGGGCGGUCGACGGGCGCUUGGUCCUCGACCGAGCUGGGCCAGCUCGCCUUCCGCAAGGUUGGCCAGACUCGGCGUCGGCAAGGCUGCAGCGCCGUGGGCGGCCGGAACCGCCAAGAGGUCGAGCUCCUGAAUGUGGCCCCGAAGCUGCCCGUGGCGCUGACGCGUGACGAGGGCCGGCGACGAGCGGUGGCCGGUCGGUGGCAGCGCCCUGAGGAGCACAUCAGUAUCGAGGAGACGAGGGCGUGUGUCAUGGGGUUGCGCAGGAGCUGUCGGGGCCCUUGGCAUCGCGGUCAUCGGGUCCUCUCGCUGCGCGACAACAUGGUGACGUGCUGCUGCCUGGACAAGGGGCGGUCGACCUCCAGGGCGCUGAACGCGCAGCGCCGGCGGGCCGCCAGCUACGCGCUGGGUUGCGGGAUACGGUGGCGGGUCCGCCACGUCCCGACCGAUCUCUGCGCGGCCGACUGCGGCUCGAG